UCCCUUGAACGAGCAGACAGUAUGAGUUGGCGUCGAGUGUCGAGUGUCGAGUAUCGACUGCAGUUGAGCGUGUGAGCUGCUGCCGUAUACCCCUGCCCCGCGAACAUCAGAACCGUGGUGCGAACUACGGUCGGAUUGUCGAUAGUGUCGAUUGUUGCAGUUGGCGCUGAGGGGGCAGCACUGACAGCACCGCGCAGUUGGAGGUUGGCGAGCGAGUGGAACCUGCGUAGCCGUAGCCUCGAACCAACAGUAAUCGUCAGUGAGUCGUCAGCCGUCGUCUCUCAGCGUGCAGUGAACGCGUGCUGGUGACGAGAGACUGAGACGACGGACGAGAAAGAUAGUGUGGCGAGGGGCGAGCAUCAAGCCAGGUCGUCUCGUACGUGCGCGUGUGUGAAUGUGUCCCGCAACGGGUUCGAACUUGAAGCAGAAUGAGAGGCUGUGCGUGCAGCCACUGCAGCAGCGAUUGACCAAGGCGACUGCGGCACACUCGCUAGAGAACAGCAUUCUCUCGGACUGUCAAGUGCAGGCGAAGAGAGCGAAUGACUGCGAAUUCAACGAGUGACCGUGCUCAAUGAUGUGUGCAGCGCAGGCGGGGCUAAAGUCGAGGACGAGCAGUCUGUGUCUGAUGGGCUCCUGGAGUGUUGCGCAAAAAGUGCCGACGGCCACGAGCCCAGUAGUGCUUAGCAGGUAGGACGACCAACGAGCAGAGCUCCUUAGACAGACAGACAGGCAGCGAGAGAAGGAAUCGAGGACGCAGAUCGACGUAGAGGAGAGCGAGCGAGAAAGAAAGGAGAGAGAGAGAGAGAGAUAGAUAGAGAGAAAGAGAGACUGAGACUGAGAGGGAGAGACGGCACGUACAACAAGAUGGCUGUGUGUCGCUGCGAGCGAGCCCGUACCUGCUGACUACUUCGCACGAGCUGCUAUAGCAUUUGGAGUCGGUCGAGGCCGUGCGUCUGCUCCGGAGGAAUAUGAGCGACAACGCCGCGGGCCCUAUGUACUGGCCCUGCACCACUUGAGUCAAGUACGGAUCAGCAGCAACAGCAGCAGCAGCAGCAUUAGCAGCAGCAGCACUAGCAGUCACCAAAGAGAGACAAGCACUGGCCAAAGAGCUGACGAGUGACCAGGGAACGUGUGACAUGUUCAUCCAAACACAGCAGACGAGCAGCGUCAACAGCAGCAGUAGUAGUAGUAGCGGCAGCGCCAGUAAUACCGCCCAUCACCAUCAUCACCAUCAUCACCACCAGCAUCAGCAUCACCACCAGCAGCAUCACCACCAUCAUCACCAUCAGCAGCCGCAGCAACAACAAUUGCAGCAGCAGCAGCAGCAGCAACAACCACAGCAGCAGCAGCAGCAUCAGCAUCAGCAUCAGAGCAAGAAGCGCAAGUUGGAGUACGACAGUGUGGGUCAGCCGGUGAUCCAACACGCAUUGGUCCAGUCGAGCACUGACUAUCAGCUGGAAACUGGCGGAUUGCAGCAGCAGCAGCAGCAGCAGCAGCAGCAGCAACAACAACAACAACAACAACAACAACAACAACAACAACAACAGCAACAACAGCAGCAGCAGCAGCAGCAGCAGCAGCAGCAGCAGCAGCGAUACUCACUCAGCGGCAACAACACCGCCUUCACGCAAAUACACCACAACAAUAAUGGACCCCAGAAGCAGAGUCCCAACCAGCAAACUCUCGUCCGUGCCUCCACUAUAAAGCUUCUAGAUACCUAUCAGCGCUGUGGCCAAAAGAGAAAAACCUGGUCGAGGGAAGGUAAUGGUGAAGGGCUGGUGGUGAACGGGGCUGCCGUAGCAGGAGGCACAGCUACAACGAGCCUAGUGUCUCAGCACCACGGCCAGCAGCAGCAACAGCAGCUGACGAGUCAGCAGCAGCAGCCGCCGCAACAACAGACGCAGACCCAGGCCCAACAGUCACACAAGAGCACAGCCAUGACGUCACACACCAAGCAAGUCAGUAACAACGGGAACUCCAAUCCGCAGGGCGAUGGCGAUUACCAGCUUGUGCAGCACGAGGUUCUCUAUUCUAUGACCAACCAGUACGAGGUCCUCGAAUUUCUUGGUCGCGGCACAUUUGGACAGGUGGUAAAGUGUUGGAAGAAGGGAACCAACGAAAUAGUGGCCAUUAAAAUUCUGAAAAAUCACCCUUCGUACGCUCGGCAAGGACAAAUCGAGGUCUCCAUCCUGUCUCGCUUAAGUCAGGAAAAUGCGGAUGAGUUCAAUUUCGUCCGUGCCUAUGAAUGUUUUCAGCACAAGUCGCACACUUGUUUAGUAUUCGAGAUGCUUGAGCAAAAUCUCUACGAUUUUCUUAAACAGAAUAAAUUCUCGCCACUCCCUCUCAAGUAUAUUAGGCCCAUUCUACAGCAAGUCCUCACGGCAUUGCUUAAGCUCAAACAACUGGGUUUGAUACACGCGGAUCUGAAGCCGGAGAAUAUAAUGUUGGUGGACCCGGUACGCCAGCCGUACCGAGUGAAAGUAAUAGACUUUGGUUCAGCCUCGCACGUCUCUAAAGCCGUGUGCAAUACGUACUUGCAGUCGCGUUACUAUCGCGCACCAGAGAUUAUUCUCGGUUUGCCGUUUUGCGAGGCCAUCGACAUGUGGUCGCUCGGCUGCGUCGUUGCUGAACUUUUCCUCGGUUGGCCACUCUAUCCUGGCAGCUCCGAGUAUGAUCAAAUACGAUACAUCAGUCAGACUCAAGGACUACCCACCGAGCACAUGCUCAACAACGCCAGCAAAACGACCAAAUUUUUCUACAGGGAUAUCGACAGUACAUACCCUUUUUGGCGGCUCAAAACGCCCGAGGAGCACGAAGCAGAGACGAGUAUCAAAUCCAAAGAGGCAAGAAAGUACAUAUUUAAUUGUCUCGACGACAUUGGCCAAGUUAACGUUCCUACAGACUUGGAAGGCGGUCAGCUUCUGGCCGAAAAAGCGGAUAGAAGAGAAUUUAUAGAUUUACUGAAAAGAAUGCUCACUAUGGAUCAGGUAGAGCGUCGAAUAACACCAGGAGAAGCUCUGAACCACGCCUUUGUCACACUGGCUCACUUGGUGGAUUACGCACAUUGUAACAAUGUCAAGGCCUCCGUACAAAUGAUGGAAGUUUGUCGACGAGCCGGAGAAUUCACCGCCAGCCCGGCUCAUCAUCAGGCACCUCCGGCACCCCAGCCGCCACCUCCAACAUCGCUGGUUGCCAACUUUGUACCGACGACCAACGGAAGCGCGGUUACGCUUACCUUUAAUAAUCAGGUUCAAAGACUGGUGCGGGAACACCGUACAGCUCAGUCGGGAUACGACAACUUAUACCAAAUAUACAGCAAUAGCAGUCGGAGAGCGGGACAGUACAGUAGUUCUUCCGGGAGCUCUAACGGCGGUAGAAACGGCGUACACGAUUUUCCUCACCAACUAGUACCAGGUAUUCUUUGUCCACCUCCUGGAUACCAAGCUAUGCCAAGUCCUGCCAAGCAUGUCGUUGUAACGCAGCCCCCACAAGCUCAGCAAGCACCACUUCAAAUUCAGCCGUCUAUCAUCUCGCAACAGGCAGUGGCAGCUGCAGCUGCUGCUGCCCAACAGCAGUACGCUGUGCCCGUGUCCAUGGUUGAAACUGGCCGCCAAAUGCUACUGACUAAUGCGGUACAAACGUCGUGGCCCGGCGGAAGUCGGCAAAUGGCAGCCAUUGUUCCAUCUUGGCAACAGUUGCCUCCACAACAUGCGACAAUACAGCAGCCCCUCCUUGGCGAUGCCGGAGAUUGGGGCAGACCACUUAUUGUCGAAAGCUCGGCUAUUUUACAGCAGAGGCCGGUGUUCCCCGUGACCGAAGUGUACAAUCCAAGUGCGUUGGUCGAGCACGCUCCCCCGCAGAAUUGGGGCAAGCGCAGCGUAAGUAAACACCACCAGCACCAUUUGAGCGUGCCCCAGCAGGCGCAGCACCGCAGCCAUGAGCACAAGAAAGAGCAACAGCAAUUGAGUCCAGUAAAGAAACGGGUGAAGGAGAGCACGCCUCCUAACAAUACGCGUAGGCAGCAACAGAUGUCCCCGUUACCUCUUCAAGCUUGCACUGGAAUCUGGCAGACCCAACCUAUCUUGCAGUCUUCUUCCGCGUUAUCUCACCAUCACUCGUUGUCCACUUCUUCAUCAUCCAACAAGCAUCAGCCACAGCAGCCGCAACAACAACAGCAACCACAACAACCGGCGCAUCAGCAUCAACUCCCAGAACAUCAACAAGUCUCUUAUGUCCGCCAGCAGACCAUUACUAUACACGAUACCCCUUCGCCAGCUGUAUCGGUCAUCACCAUCAGUGACAGCGAGGAUGAAACCCCGGAAAAAUGCGCACAACCGACAACUCGAGUGGUGCAUAAUAGUCAACAAAAUCACUCGCAGAGCAAUAACUAUGCAGUAGUUAAUUCGCAAAGGUCUCAGCGCAAGAAUGUCAUCACAGUAAACGAUAGUGACGGCGAAGGCAGUCCCAACAAUAGGUCCCACCCGGUUCACGUAUAUCAACAAGCAUCUCAACACCAGCAGGCGCAUCAGCAGACAACACAGCACAUCAAACAUGAACCGCAGCCACAGCACCACAUCAGCUCGGGCUACACUUCUCAAUCUCAAAAGAAACGUCUGCUGGCUAAAGCACAGUCGGAAUGCAACAUGGUUAACGUGCAGACCAAAGCGGAACCUGGUGUGGAAUACUUGGCCCCUCAUCCCUGCCACUCAGCGGCUUGCAAAGAGACACCUAUGUAUCAGUACGUGUCAACGAGUAGCACGCAGCCGCACUUGCUUGAGCAGCAGAUUGUCUACACGACCGGGACAACCGACAAGCGCAUCUCAUGGCCCAGCAAGCGUUCCGAGUACAAGCAUGAAUACGCGGUGCAGCCACCGGCAGCUCAUUCGAGAGAGCAUCAGAAGUGGGCGGUGGCUAAUCCGGUGCAUCAGUACAGGCAAAGCGGUGUAGUGGGCGCGAGCGGCACGGUGCACGGUUCCCAUCACGCUCACCACAUGAGCCCGACAAACUCGGCCCAGGGCCAGGUGGGCACGGGCAGCGGCGGACGAAGCCCUGCCGGUCCUAUUAUCGCUAGCGCGGCAGCCGCCGCAGCUGCUGCCGCGGCCGCGGCGGCCGCGGCUGCCCAGGGUCAGCAUCUUGGACAACCGCUCUACCAGGAGUAUGCGCACGCGGUCCGCCCACGGGCUCACGCAGUGCCUCCGCCCGUUUAUGUCACUGCCGCCGCUCCUACUCAGCCACCCCAGCAGCAGCAACUACCAACCUACCAGGGAUUCACACCCGGGUGGGUACCUAGACACCUAGUUGAUGCAUGCACUUCGUCACCGUUAACGUUGUACGAUUCUAGUCGAGCGUUGCCGCCGCCGGCGCACCACAGCUCAGCGCGGCCGCUGCUCGCCUCGCACGCGGCCCAUCCGUUACCAGCCCACAUGCAGCCCACUGCGGUUUACGGGCUGGCGCCCCUCUCACCGGGCAAGCACCAGUACCAGUCCGGCCUCUGGUUCACGGAGUAGUUUCCCGCUUUCUCUUCUGCUGAUUCUUCCUUUCCUCUCCGCCUCUAAUUCUCCAUACCAUAGGACUUGCUCUGCUCGCAAGUCUGUUCUUUCAAGAGUACACAAUCCCUAUUUACUUUCAUCAGCUCGCUUCUUCUGCUCUGUUCGUCGAACAAAGCCCCGUGUGGUAUUCGUUGCUGGUCUGUUCGUCGUGUUCAGUAUAAGCGAUUAUCUCGGAGGCCAGCUAUGCCAAGUAGCCUGGAUCUCAUCACGCGAGGAGGAUCCGGGCGUAAACGAGCAACUCUCUCAACUAUGUAGACAUGCAUUUCGAAUGUGAAGCAAAUUGUGCAAAUUGUUUAGACCGAUAAUCCGUCCGUCCUCGAAUGGCCGAACAAACGGAUCCUCCUUUUGGCUUUUCAAUCUUCACUGCCUGCCUAAAACAUGAAAUAUUUUUGGUUUCGAUUGGCCACGUAUACCGUAUAAGCGAUGCGGCCUUGAGAUUUAUGGUCUAAUGUUUUUUUCAAUAAACCUUUGUUCCACUGUAUUCCCCAUGCUGCUUGGCAACGCCAACCUGCGACAACUAUUAGAUGCGACUGUACUGUACAAUUACAGUUACAUAUAUGUCGAGACAAGACCUCGGCGAGCGAGGCGAUUAUAAAGAGGCAUAGAUUAGUGAGACACGUCGUAUACAAUUAUUCAGUGCUACUCCAGAGAGGUUACGACUGGAUCUUACGCGCUAUUAGAUUUUGUAUUCGGUACAAACGAUAACGUACUGCAUAUCGGAACUUGGCUACUUAGAUUAAAGCCAACAAAAAUAGCUCUUUGCUCGCUUUUAAAAUGCGAAAUCUCUAGCCGUACACUUGAACGAUCAAGUUUGCAGUAGUUAAUAAUGAAUUUUUUUUAUUUUCUCGUUGAUUUUAUUUACAACUUGUGAUCAACAAGUAGGUUUGCAUUUCUACCGGUAUGCUAGAUGCGUAUCUUGCUUACAUAAAUCUAUGUAUAAUAUUUUUAUUGUUCUCGUCCGUUUUAUCGUUAAUUUUUAGAAUAAGAUUGGAAAUGCGCUGCUUAGCAGAUUUACUUUUGUAUUUGGUCAGUAAAGGGUAAAAUUAUUAUUUAUAGUGUUGUGGAAUAAGUGUGUACCUAAAGGGGAAAGUACGUCAUGAAAUUGUAUACUCAGCCGUCGCAUAAAAAUACGUAGGCAUUGCAAGUGUCGACGGGAAAUUCAUAGUUUACAUUAGUCUUUAAGUUAUUGGUUUUGUAGGUGUUUUUGUAAGCAUCAUUGAAGUUUUAGUUUUUAAUUUACUUUAAUAUUUUCAAUUUUUAAAAAUACGAUAACUUGGGUUGACGCGUGGCAUCAUCUAAAUAGCAAACGCAUGUGAACAUUUCUUUUGUGCUCUAGAGCGUUUUUUACUUAGAAUUUUUGUAUUGAAUGAAGAAGAAGAAAAGAAAAGCACACACAUUUAUAAACCGUAAUCUUGUAACUAUAAGCAGCUGUUCAAUCAAUGCGUAUUAAGUGUGUAAGAGUGCGUAUAGCUUGAUGCUCUAACGACUGCUAUUAUUACUACUUCUACAAUUGAACUGUAAUUAUUUAUAUUGUUAUCGGGCCUUUGUUGUGCGAAGUUGUAAAUAGAUAAAAUGAAGAGCUGAAACUGCUCUUUCAUUUCGUAAAAUGUUCGUGGGCCAAUUAGAUAUCCUCGAUUUUUCGCUUUAUGCUGCGCUGAAUGUCGUAACUGUUGCUAUACUGUCCACAUCGUUUUCUUGUCGUUUCAUUCGUUUUAAGAUUUUGAGUUACUUUUAUUUUACUUACCUAUACGUUUUAUCGUUCAAGCAGAUCACGAUGAAUUGCAAGAAAAUAUUAAAUUGCAAUGACUUGUUCUAUAGAUACCUAAUGCUAAUAUUUUUAUCUCGAUUUUAUUCGUUUUUCAAUCUAUUUGGUAGUUACUAUUUCAUUUCAGCAUAAUUUUAACUCCGUGAAGUAUUUUAUCAACAAAAAACAAGGUAGAUGUACAUUAGUAAAAUCAAAAUGAUAAGUUAUUAAUAAUUUGAAUUAACGCGUAAGAUAUUUCUGCUUAGAAUGUACACUCAGUCAUUUUUUUCUUAACAUUUUUAUGACAUUUAACCGUUAUAUACAUAUAUAUUUAGAUAUAUGCAUGCAUUGAGAAUUACAUAUUUUCUUUUGCGAGUUUCUGUAACAUUUAAACCAAAUUGACGAUAAAACAAAACAUUUUUAAAAUAUGUUUCUAACAUAUGAAAAUUACUUAUAAGUUUUACUGAUUACUUUUACGUACGAUUGAAAAUAGCUAUGUUCUUUUUUUUAUUGUCAACCAAUAGUCUUGUAUAUAAAUUACUGUAUAGCUUGAAAUAAUUAUUACGUAUGAGUAUUUCCAGAUAAUUUACGAUAUUUUAAGUCAGGUUCUUCCUCAUGUAUUGUAAUCCAUUCGAUUAUUUAAAUAUUUAAAUUUCUGCUGCUUGGUUCAGGUUGCUUAUGCCUCGUCUAGAUGUACACUUAGUAAGAUUUAGUUUAACUUUCAACGUUAACAUCAACUUUAAUAUUUUCGAUCAAAAAUAAUAAUACCUGUACGUUGCCAUUGCGUAAUGAAAUAAGAUCUGGUUUUGAAUAUUAAAGCGAGAUUUUCUGUAAAGUAUACAUUUAAACAAGGCAUCAUUAUUAAAACAGUUUGAAAUAGAUUUACUCUCAUCGAAAAAUAACAAUCGAAUUUGGCUAAUUGAAUAAUUAACUUCCGAUUGAAAGUUUUUUUAGUUUUUAAAAGCUAUCAGUAAAGGUAAUUUUUUUUUACCUUAAUACAAUUAAUAAUAAUAAAAAUAUGAAUUGAUGACGUUUAAAUUUUGUUUAGAGUGAUACUCGUCUACAGCAUUGAAUGAUAUGUUGUAUGUGUACGUUAAUUACGAUACAUUAGUAUAUUAUUAAUUCUAAUAAUAUACUAUGUGACUUUAUAUUAAGAGUUGCAAAAAAAUUUUGAGUUUGACUCGAUUUAAUCGUUAUGUAAUGCAGAUUAAUGUCUUGUAUAUUAGCAGUUUUUAUGUAUAGAUUGCAACCUACCAGUUUUUAAUCUACCCCCGGUAAAUUAAAGACUUUUUUCAUUUUAUAGCAAUAUAAAAUAGUCGUUUUACUUUCAAAAACAUUUGCAUAAGAAAUUUUUUAUCAUGUUUUUAUACUAAGAUUCAACUUUAUUUUUUCAUGAAUUUUAUUAUAUUCAUGUAUUCAAUCGAUUCCAAUAGAAAAUAUUAAGAAUAUUGCGAUUAUCACAAUUUAGCGCAACAAAUCUGAAUAUUACAAAAUUGUAAAAUCGAGCGUUAACUUCGCUAAAGUUUUUGUAUUGGAAACAAAUAGAUUCGUUAAAUCAAAAAAAAAAGUAAUUAUGACAAUAUUCACCAGCCAGCAUCGAUUAAUAUUGUACGACUAUCUAACCACGUUAAUGUGCCUGUUUAAUAAUUAAUCCUAUUACAUAUUUACAUGAUAAAGAGAAUGGCAAGUAAAGAGUUGAACAAACUCAAACUUACAAAUAUUGAAGAAAUGUUUUCUUAAUAAUCAAUAUGUAAAUUACUUGACAUUAGUAUUAAACAAUGAAUGUGACUUUAUUCCAAAGUGUUUACGCAUUGACGAGGCGAUAAAUGAAAUAUGCUGUGUUCUUGGCAGCCACGCACUAGCAGAUAUGCCGUGUAAUUAUUGUUUUAUCAAAUCAGAAUCGCGCGAUCAUUGUAUGGUCCCAUUUGUGUGAGUAAAUAUGAAUGAACUGAUAAGAAACAAGUAAUGCAUACACUUUUAGUCAUAUUUGCUACAAAACGUACGCAGCAUAGUUUUAUAUAUAAACAUACAUAAUGAUCAUUUUUUCAGGAAAUUUGACGUAGCAUUAUAUGUUUUUCGUACUACUUAGUGCUCACUCAACAAAUGCGUCAAUGAAGCGUCGUUUGAUUACACAGGUAUACAAAUAAAAGGUCAUUUUCUGCAUCAUAAGCCAGCUAUGGUAUUUUCGAAGGAUUUUGGUGCGCUGAAUCCAAAUCUGGUCUCAGCAUUGUUCCAUCACGUCAGGUUUUUGAGAUACCCUAACCUAAAAGUGCAAAAAGCACUGUUUUUGACAUAUUUGAGGUUAUGUAGCAUCGUAAAUAAAUUUUAUCCCAGGAAAUUAUUUAAAGCAUCUUAAAGUACACAAAUUUUCCCCUUCAAAAUGCCGUUAAGUUUGCCUAAAUAUCUUUUUUUUUCGCUAAGAUAUCGCAUUUUGAAAUUCUCAUAUUCAUGUAUUUCUCAAAAUUCGAAAAUCUAUUAAUCCAUCAAGUCUUAAGCGGACGAUUUUCUUUUACUCUUUUCAAUUGAUCUUUUAUCAGGAAUAGAAAUCAGGAAUAAACAUUUCUGGCAUAAAAUUGUCUGAACUUUUGAUCGAUGCUGUUAGAAUUUUGAAAAAAUGCGUAUGUGUGUGUGUUAACUUCAGAUUCGUGAUCAGCGACCUCAAAAACCCCCGAGUAACUAUGUUAGAAUAAAUUAACUCAAAAGAAAAAUUCGUGCAACAAAGGGUUAAUGGAUUUUCGAAUUUUGAGAAAUUCAUAAAUAUCAAAAUUUCAAAAUGCGAUAUCUCGGCGAAAAAAAAGAUAUUUGGGCAAACUCAACGGCAUUUAAAAGGGAUGAUUUGUACUUUAAGGUGCUUUAAAUAGUUUUUUAUGAAAAUAUUUAUUUACGAUGUUACAUAACCUCCCAUAUAUCAAAAAACAGUGAUUUUUACACUUUUAGGGUCAGGAUAUCUCAAAAACCUGACUUGAUGGAACAAUUCUGAGGCAAGAUUUGGAUUCAGCGCACCAAAAUCCUUCGGGAAUAUUAUAGCUCGCUUGUGAUAUAAAAUUUUGUAUACCUAUGUUAUUAAUGGUAGAUGGUAUCUCCUAAAUAAUAUGAGGUUUCUAUUCGUUACAUGAUAAUCUACCGCUAUCUCCUUAAACAAAAUAAUAUAUUGGAUUUAUACGCUGUGAAAUGAAAGUAUCUUCCUGAAAAUACGAUAUCAUUCGCCAAUAAGCGUUUAUUCACAAAACAAUGAUAAGUAUAAAAAUGAACAAAAGUGGUUUAAGAAGCGUAUGAGUACGUCUCAUGUACUCAUGACAUUAAAUUGAUGAAGUCAAGGUAAACACUGGAUAAGAGACGGUCCGAAACAGAUAAAAACGUAUUGUAAUCAUGUCGUUGGUUCUAGUUGUGAUAUUUUACUAUAGUAAACACGUCGUUAUUUAAGGAAUAAAUAUGCAUUUGUAACAAUUUGGCAAGUGAAGAACGAGGGAGUAUGCGGGACGAAUAAAUCACGUGAAACAUUUACCUACAUUAUAAUUCAUACAUAGCUUAUGUCUAAUUGAAGCCUUUGGACAGACGCAACGCUCAUCGACACGUAAAAGAUUGAUACUCUAAGUAAGCGGGAAAUAACAUCAAGAGGCAGUGCAUAUAAAUGCAUCAAAAUAGAAGAGCCUGGUACAUUGACUGAUAGACUACACGCUUUUCCCGCAAUGCGAUGUCUUAUGGAAGAGAAGUUGAGAGAAUUUCCCUUGUACAAAGCGAAUACUUGUGAAGAGUGUAGGCAGAGAGCAGAAACCCUUUAGUAUGCAGAGCUAGAGAAACGGAAUGCAUGAAAGCAAGAGUGAUGGACUGUUAUUGAGUAGCAGUCGCAUGAAUAAAGUGGUUGAUUCUUAGUGGCGUAGAACACUGAAUUUUUAAGUACACUCACAGAGACGUAUAUAUUGAUAUAAUGAACUAUGUGCGCGCAUUGAAUAUGUGUAUUGGAUUCGUAAAUAUCAUACAUACAGAUAUAAAUAGGUAUGAUGAAAACUAAAAAAGCUUAUUUUUAACCAGGAAUCUUCUAUGUAUAUAUGUUUCUUUAUAAAUUCAUGGUACUUGUUAGGCUAGGAGUAGUGCCUAUACAAUUCGGUAGAGUAGUUUCUAAAGUCGCGUAUGUGACUGAGCUGUGGUAUCGGUGAAAAAAACUUGAGUAUAUAUAUAUGUGUGUGUGUAUAUAUACACACACACACACACACACACACACACACACACACACACACACACACAUAUAUAUAUAUAAUACUUUUAAUUGUCAUUGCAUUGAAAUAUCAUAGUUUGUCUAGAUAAUAAGAGUUUCAUUUCAAAUCACUGAUUUCAGGUUUAUCGUGUUCUUGCGAUUUUACGUGACGCUCACGCCUAUCGAACCGUUAAGAGCUUUCGUAUAAUUGUCUAUUACUAAUGGUGUUUUGUAUUUUAGCGAUGUUUUUCUAAAGAAUGUGCUUUGCGAUUCAUUGGCCCAUCUGUCUACUUACAAUUGUAAGUGUAGCGUCGAAUGACAAGCCACUCGUAAGUAGUCUGAAAGUUCUGAAACGUUUUUUUGAUAUUGUCAAUCAUCAUCUUCUUUCAUGCUUUUCACCAGAUUCAAAGUUCAACAUUCUGUCAAGUUCACCUUAAUUUCUGAAAAUAAUAUU